UUUAGGGUUUACAUAAGAGCGCAGGCGAUAAGAGUUCGCACUCCAAAAGCUUCUAUCCCUCUCGCCGCCGUCUCUCAACCCCAACCGCAACCAUGAUCAUUUCAGAGAAGAACCGCCGCGAGAUCUCCAAGUACCUCUUCCAAGAGGGAGUGUGCUAUGCAAAGAAGGACUACAACCUCCCGAAGCAUCCAGAGAUUGAUGUGCCGAAUCUCCAGGUCAUCAAGCUCAUGCAGAGCUUCAAGUCCAAGGAGUAUGUGAGGGAGACCUUCGCCUGGAUGCACUACUACUGGUACCUCACCAAUGAUGGUAUUGAGUUCUUGAGGAACUACCUCAACCUUCCGUCGGAGAUUGUCCCCAACACUUUGAAGAAGCAGGCUAAGCCUGUCGGCCGUCCUUUCGGCGGCCCACCAGGCGACCGCCCUCGUGGCCCACCUCGCUUUGGUGAUGGAGAGCGCAGAUUUGGAGGCGAUCGUGAUGGUUACCGUGGAGGUCCUCGUGGUGGACCGGGGGGUGACUUUGGUGGUGACAAGGCAGGAGCCCCUGCUGAUUACAAACCUUCCUUUGGGGGUGCUCCAUCAAGACCUGCCUUUGGUCGUGGUGCUGGUGGUUAUGGUGCCGGUCCAGCUAGCUCCAAUCUUUCUUAAGUAGAUGUUUUAAUAGGUCUUUGGUUUCAAGAACUGAUCAUAGCAGUUUUGUUUAAUUGCUUGUAUUGGGAUUCUAUUCGGAGGUUGUUCUACUUUGCCUUUUGAACCCAAUUUGUGGAAAACAGUUUCAUGUUGGCUUAUCUAUAAAUUCCUUGAUAAAUUUUAUUAUGGUU